AUGCUCAUCUUCCUCGGCAAACUAAACUACCCCCCCUACGCCACGAACGAGCUCUUCGCCGUCAUAUUCAGCAACAACAUGCAACAAGGCGAGAAAGUAGCCGUGAUCCUCCAAUGGACUAGAGAUGGGGCUGGUCAGCCAAAAGCCAAUUCCUUUGCGCAGGGGACUGUCGAUAAGGCGAUUAUCACGUCGACCGGGGAGAAGGAGAUUGAGUUCUUUUAUGGGGAUAGGGAGACGACUUAUUACUGGUAUUUUAAAUUGCCUUUCUUCUGGGCUAGUUGCCUUGGAUUCGAUGAGUGCGUUACUGAUGUUUGGGGGACCACAGAACUUCUCAGCUUCCUUUCUAUCUGA